AUGGAAAGGUCCUUAGCCGGUCAUUUAAACAGACGGGGCAAAUUACCAAACAAAUCUCCUGCCUCGGCGGAUCCUUCUCCGGGAUUACCCAGAGCGCCCGUUCUCCCUCCGAUCUCCAGUAACAGAGAUAAAGCCUUUCUGGACAAGAUCGAAAGGUUUAUAAAGACAGAAAGUGAGAAGCUGCGAUCUGCGGGUCAGUGUGAUGUUGAAGAGCAGUAUAUUAUCCAUGCGCAAGUGUUUGAUAAGGUCAUAGAAUACUGCAAAGACUACAGACCCAUUCUCAGUGCGAUAAAGCGAGAGUAUGAUGAAUUUAUUGAUGCGCUCAAGCAGGGCCAAAUAGACGCCGCUCACCUUCAAGGAAAGCUCAAGUCUUUGGCAGCUGAGCCAACCACACUUAUGUAUUACAAGAAAAGAGCUGCUGAACUGACGCAGAGGAUUGAAAUAAUUGAAAAUGAUUCUCGCAAACUUGAACGUCAGAUCCAGAAGAUUCAAGAAGAGAGGAGAGUAAAAUCACCUGACAUGACUGACCGGAGCGAGUCAGGACUCCACGGUGUAGAGAGAGAACCAUACAAGCCUAUACCAGGCUUGACUAUAGAAGAUUCUUUUGAUAUGGAAGCUCUUACAAAAUACCAGCAACAGCUUGAAGAAAAGAUGCAAACCCUUGAAGAUGACAUAAAAACCAAAUAUGUUCCUGCGGAGAUAAAAAAAGAACUUGAUGAAAAACUUAUACUUGCCUUGCAAGAGAGAGAUAAAGCAGAGUUAAUAAACCAGACAUCGAUGGCCAGAUACAGGAAAAAAAGAAUUAUAGUAGACACCAUUACAUCUUGGGCAAAGUCUGAUAAAAGUGUUACUCUCUAUGAGGCUAUAUCCCAAGCAGUGGCAAAGGAAAAUGCAUAUAAAGAUGACACAAUGCCUGCAAAUGUAUUUGAUGACACUGAUCCCAGGAAGGGCAUGGAAGCCGAAGCUUUACUAGAAUAUGUCGAAAGGUUUAAUGAGUUAUUCGCAAGCGGUCGGUAUAAGGCAGCGGCAACCUUUGCUGCAAACAGUCCCAGAGGAAUUCUCCGAAACUUGGAAACCAUGGAGAGGUUUAAAGCUGUUGCUACCAGCGAGGAGCUGGUUUCUCCUUUAUUGUUGUUUUUUGAAGCACUUAUCGGCUCAAGUUGUAUGGCAAAGCACCCAGUCAAUGCGAUCCUCACACUGGAGGGAGUUAAAUGUGCCCUCUCCCAAAACAAGGUUGACCUGGUUGUUCACUGGGUGACUUACCAAAGGAUAACUUUCUCUGAGGCACUUGGUGAUGUUAUUUCAGAAUACGGGGAUGAAGAGCCAUACCACAAGUAUACUUGCCUGGCGUUGGCUCAGUUAAUCUACAGAAAAUGCAAUAAUUUGAGGAAAGCAGCACUCUGUAUGUGUUUACAGGGCCAAGUUCAAGGGGCACUGGAAUAUACCUAUGAAUCCAGACACUUUUCACUAGAUGACUAUCUGUUUCUGCUUAAAAACUGUCCCACGGCUGAGCUGAUCCAUGGUUUGACCAAAAAGUGGCGGGAGAAGCCGGCAGCUUUGUCUGUCGGACAGGCUGCCCUGUCCCUGAUCUACACGGAUCACAAAGAGCACGGCUUCCAGCUCUUACACGACAUACACAUGUGCUGUGAAAGUGCCUUGGAACAAGUCAUUCUCGAUGAUGUGGCUUGUACACUGGAAGGAUGGGUGGAAAUUGCCAGUGAAUGUUCAGACAAUGGCUACCGGGAGCUGUCUGACAAAAUCUUGUCUAUUGUAACAUCACAGGAUGGAGUAGUCGAAAUUUCCUCCAAGGAUGAAGAUGCAGAAAUAAUGGAACAUGUCUUCCUGUAAUACCGCAGCGUGCCAGCAGAGGGGGCGUGCGAGCCGAUAUCCCACAUUAAAACCUAAUGGAAUUUUUUGUAUUAGUAGUUUGAUAAAUAAAAUAUUCUCAUUGAUUUGCACAAACUA